AUGCGGGACACCAAGAAGAAGGCAGACGGUUCAGAGCAGAUCAGAGUCCUCUAUCCAAAGUUCAAAAAUGGAGAGGCUUCUAUAAGGGACAUCAGAAUUGAACAAAACUUUGGUAAGAAAUAUCAACCUCUAUUUUCACUCAACCAUACAUGUAGGUCGAUUGAUUUGGAAUUCUUUGCUGGUGAUCUUUUCUACCCUGUGUCAGCAGCACACCCUCUCCAUUUGAGUACUUUCUUUGUGACCUCCAUUUCUGUAUUUCUCAAGAUAAAUAUGAACACAGUAUUAUUGUAUUCAUAUUUUUAGACUAGAGAGAAUAGGCUCUAUUUUUUAUUUGUGAUUUUAAAAAGUAUUGGUAUUUAUCACUUUCUUUUUUAAUGUAAAGAUUAUGUGGAGGAGUUUUACCAGACUUACUUGGAGGCUGAAAAUACCAAACAGCUCGGUGCUGCUGCAAAUGAGCUACGGGACAAAGCACCGCUACCGAUGAACAGCAUGGAAUGA